AUGGCACACGUCGACACGCCAACUCGAACAGAACACGUCGCGAAGAGGAGGCGAAUUAGUGGAAAGGUAAAUGGAAAUACCCAGGAAUAUGCGAGAGAGAAUAUAUACUUGGAGGAGACAAAAAGAGUUACGGAAGAGGACGGUAGUGAGGAUAAAAAAAAAAGGAUACCAUCACCUCUGACUUCACCACCGACUUCAACUUCUCCGUCUCCAACACUCGAAUCCAAUUCCUAUUCUCAUUCUUGCUCUCAGCCUCCACCAAACGUCUCGCCUUCUUCCUCCAAUUCACAAACAACGACCUUGCCAGAUCCAUUAUCAACACAUAUCAAUAGUGUAUCAUCGCGGAAUGUUGACACUAUCGUGUUUGGAAGGUAUGAAAUAGAGACCUGGUACUAUUCUCCGUAUCCGGACGAGUAUAGGAAUGUGAAAAAGUUGUAUGUAUGUGAAAAGUGUAUGAAGUAUAUGAAAGGAAAGGAAGUGUAUGGAAGACAUGAGAACAUAUGUGACAAGAAGUGUCCGCCAGGAGAACAAAUAUAUGAAAAGGGACUAAACAAAAUAUUCGAGGUCGAUGGGAAGCUAAAUAAGCUAUAUUGCCAGAAUCUGUCCCUUUUGGCAAAAUUCUUUCUCGAUCAGAAGACAAUAUUUUUUGAUGUGGAGCCUUUUCUGUUCUACGUACUUACCGAGACUGACAAACAUAUUGAUCAUGUGGUUGCUUAUUUUUCCAAGGAAAAAACAUCCUAUGAAGAUUACAAUCUAGCCUGCAUAUUAACGGUUCCUCCAUACCAGAAAAGAGGAUAUGGUCAAAUGUUAAUAGAACUUAGUUACGAAUUGUCAAAGAAGGAAGGAAGAGUUGGUACACCAGAGAGGCCCAUAUCGAAUUUAGGUCUGUGCGCAUAUAGAUCAUACUGGACACGGACUUUAUUGAGCGUAUUGAAAGAAUUAAGAAUUAAUGCGCGAAAGGCGGAAGAACAGCAACUUAAUACAAUAGACGUCAAAAAAACCGUUGAACAUGUGAAUGAAGAAACGAUGGUUAGUAAAGCCAAUCCAGAAGACAAAGAUGCGGUUUCAAGUAAUGUCACCAAGGAGAGCGUACCGUCAGUCGAAGGUACAGAUCCCAGCAUUUCAAAUUCACUACCAUCACUUUCACGGCAAUCCAUUCAUGAUCACGAUCUUCCCAAAUAUGUACAAAUCUCAAUCAAUGACUUAUCGUCAAUAACAAGCAUUCGUCAAGACGAUGUCAUUCAUACUCUGAAAUCGCUAGGGUUUCUCAAAUAUUGGAAAUUACAACGUCUACCAUCCUCUCUUAAUGGGACCGAUCCUCCGCCGGCGGAUGUUACCGUUUCUCCUGUCCCAUCCAACUCGCGUUCAUCUCCAACAAAGCCAAAGCCCGUCUCUCCAGUUUCUUCAACACCUCAAGAUUUCUUGAAAGAUCCAGUAAGCGAUCCCCCGCCGGUUACGGAUCAUUUAAAGAUGAUUGAUGAAUACGCGGAGAAGUUUGGUGUUAAAUUGGACAAUAAGAAAUUAGAUGUCAGGCGCUUGGUUUGGACUGGCGGAAGUAAUGCUAAAACUAAUGUUGUUGCUGUUGCUGCUGAUGGCGAUGCUAACAGUAUUUGA